AAAAUGACUUUUCGAUUUCUGCAGAACACAAUCAGCCGUGCCUAUUCGUGCUCCGUCCAAAGAGUAACCCUUAUACCAGGCGAUGGAAUCGGUCCAGAGAUCUCUAAAGCCGUCCAAAAGAUUUUCAGUGCCGCCGAAGUGCCCAUCGAAUGGGAAAUAGUUGAUGUUUCUCCGGUUCGUAGGCACGAUGGCAAGGUGGGCAUAUCCCAGUCAGUUAUCAAUUCGCUUAACACCAACAGGGUCGGUCUGAAGGGCCCCCUGAUGACGCCCAUCUGCAAGGGGCAUUGCUCCAUGAAUCUGGAGCUACGCAAAGAGCUCAAUUUGUAUGCGAAUGUUCGUCCUUGUCGCAGUCUCGAAGGCUAUCGCACUCUCUACGACAAUGUGGAUGUGGUUACCAUCCGUGAGAACACAGAAGGUGAAUAUUCGGGCAUUGAGCACCUGAUUGUCGAUGGCGUUGUGCAGAGCAUUAAGCUGAUCACGGAGAAGGCAUCGACACGUGUCGCCAAAUAUGCCUUCCAGUACGCCAGGGACAACAAUCGCAAGAAGGUCACCGUCGUCCACAAGGCAAACAUUAUGCGCCUAUCCGAUGGACUCUUUCUGCGCUGUGUGCGUUCCGUCGCCCAGCAUUAUCCGGAGAUUCAAUUCGAGGAGGUGUAUUUGGAUACGGUGUGCCUUAGCAUGGCCCAGCAUCCUGAUCAAUUCGAUGUGCUUGUCAUGCCCAAUUUAUAUGGGGAUAUUUUGUCGGAUUUGUGUGCCGGCCUGGUCGGUGGCAUCGGUCUAACCCCAUCGGGCAACAUGGGAUUGAAUGGUGCGCUCUUUGAAUCUGUGCACGGCACUGCACCCGAUAUUGCUGGCAAGGAUCUAGCCAAUCCAACGGCCCUGCUGCUCUCAUCGGUGAUGAUGUUGCGCCACAUGAAACUGGGCCUGUUUGCCGAUAGAAUUGAGCGUGCCGCCUUGGAAACGAUCAAGGAAGGACUGUGUCUAACAGGUGAUCUGGGCGGCAAGGCCAAGUGUUCAGAGUUCGUCAGCGCGAUCUGCACAAAGCUAUCGAAUGGAUGCAAACAAGCAUUAAGGUCGUUGCCAAAUUGAUUUAUAUUGUUUCGUGGUCGAUUACGAUCUCUAAAAGCUGUUGUUGUGAUUGAUAUGUCGAUAAACUUAAGUACUGUUCUAAAAUCCGCUAGGUGGCGACACGCUUGUUGUCUGACUAUUGACUAUUGGCGCGCAUUCAAAAA